AUGCUCGAACUGGAUGAGACCGGAAAAACACUGUGUGUGUGGUAUUGGCCAGUUAAGGACGAUGGAGAGCGCGUCGUUCCUUCUGACCUUGUAGUGUAUCGCAAAUCUCACCAAUUCCGAGGACCACACUGCCUAUGCUUGCUCUUAGAUGAACAUGAUCCUGGUAAUCACCAUGAAGUGGCAAUAGUGAUGGUAACUCAGGGACCAAAUGCAGGAGAGUACCUUGCCUGUUGUGCAUCGAGCAAGUGUGGUUAUUUUGCUUUCAUCGAGAAAUUACAUGUUUCAAUCGGGUUACCUGUCAAGUGUUACCCAAGACGACGCCCUGACGAAGCCAGGCCACUAGACAUUGUGUUUGUUGAUGGGAAUGGUACAUAUACGAGCAAGCUAGGACGAGUCGAUGUUAUCGAAAGGCGACAGCCUCGAGGAAAUGACACUCACACAAUGUUUGAGAGGCUUAUGAAACUAGAUUCCUUCACCCGACCCGGUCUCACGCAAGACGAAUUCCGUCGUUUCCUUACAAGGUGCAAUUGCUGCAAGCUCAUCAUGAUGAGGCACAUGUUUGAGCGCCAUGACUGCGUAGGACAAGAGAAGGAAGGGGAUGUGGAGAUCAUUGAUCUGACUACAAGCGAUGCCUAUUAG